CUAGCGUGGGAGCGUUGGAAUGCGUCAUCACACUUUGUGUUUCCGCCCGGAGAGGCAGCAGCAACACUGUCUUUUUUUUCCCCCCAUGUUCAUUUCACGAGCCUACUUAAAACAAGGCGGAGUGUGUUUUUGAAACUAUAUUCCCACGAGGAUUUAACAACACUUUGGACGAGUUAAACACGGAGCGACUUCGUCUUCUUCGUCGCCUUUCCGACAUGACGUCAGGUGGAUGUUGUGUGUCGGCUGCCUUGUGUUCAUUUAAGCCACUCUGAUGCUUGGCUGUUGCCGCGCCAGCCGCCAUCAUGUUCACGAAGAAGAAGAAGUCCCGCAUCCAGAUCUCGGCUCCGUGUAACUUUGAGCACCGCGUGCACACGGACUUUGACGAGCACGAGCAGAAGUUUGUGGGCCUGCCGCGACAAUGGCAGUCGCUCAUCGAGGACACAGCCAAGAGGCCCAAGCCUUUCAUCGACGUCACCGUCAUCACCACCAUGGAGCCACACAAGACAAUAGUGCGUGGCAGCAAGCUGGGGGUGGACGGCUCUCUGUCUUGGCUGCUGGAUGAGUUUGACACCAUGUCUGUGACUCGGUCUAACUCGCUGCGACGAGGCAGUCCUCCCGUCCUGCUUCGCAGGGAUUCGUCUUCAGGAAAAGGUGGGCACGAGAACGGAGACCCCCACCAGCGACACCCCUCGCAUUCAGACAGAGACCCACCCAGACCAGACCACCAGAGCGGAGGUGACCCCCGCCACAGUCAGCGUUCUACUCAGCGAGAUGACGACAUCCACGGUCGGGCUCAGCAGCAGCCCCGCGGCCAAGAGCCUAGCCGGGUCCACAGAGACAGACCAGGUUCUGGUCCUCCCCCGCCGCCUCCUCACCGGAACAGAGAGCAUCGAGAUCGAGACCAGCAUCAAGGAGUUCGUCGUGAGCCACAUGGUGAACACAGACCUAAGUCCAGCUACCAGGUGCGGGAUGGCAGUCCGCAGUCUCCAAGGGACAAGAGGCCUCUCUCUGGGCCCAACAUCCGCACCCCGAACCUGCCAGUGACCGACGGGGUGAUCAAGACCGCCCAACAGACCGCGCGGCCGUUCAACACGUACCCGAGGACGGAAAGUGACGGGGGACGCAGCCCCACUGGGCCUCCGGUACGACAUCCUGAGUCUUCCCCUCAAAAUGGGCCGUCCAUCUCCCAAAGGGGUUCUUCCAACUCCAAGCCCCCUAUCAGCCACCUGCACCCUCACCACACUUCCCAUCCCAGCCUCAACCCCGAUGCCGCCCUGCACCCGCACUCCACCCACCCUAACGUUCCAGCCCAGCGGCCGGCCCUGCCUUCCGGGCCGCCGCCGUCAAGCGCUCCGCCCCAGACGCUUUCUCCGCAGAGGGAGCCGCAGAGGGUUUCACAUGAGCAGUUCCGUGAGGCGCUACAGAUGGUUGUGGACCCGGGCGAUCCGCGCACAUACUUGGACGACUACAUCAAGAUCGGCGAGGGCUCCACGGGGAUCGUGUGCAUCGCCACCGUUAAGACGACGGGUAAACUUGUCGCUGUGAAGAAGAUGGACCUGAGGAAGCAACAGCGGAGAGAGCUUCUCUUCAACGAGGUGGUGAUCAUGAGAGACUACCACCAUGAGAACGUGGUGGAGAUGUACAACAGCUACCUGGUGGGAGACGAGCUCUGGGUUGUCAUGGAGUUCCUGGAGGGAGGGGCUCUUACUGACAUUGUGACACACACCAGGAUGAACGAGGAGCAGAUUGCCACCGUGUGUCUGUCUGUCCUGAAAGCCUUGUCCGUGCUGCACACGCAGGGGGUCAUCCACCGCGACAUCAAGAGCGACUCCAUCCUCCUCACGCACGACGGCCGGGUGAAGCUGUCAGACUUUGGCUUCUGCGCGCAGGUGUCGAAGGAUGUGCAGCGGAGGAAGUCUCUGGUCGGUACCCCUUACUGGAUGGCGCCCGAGCUCAUAUCCCGACUUCCUUACGGACCCGAGGUGGACAUCUGGUCCCUGGGCAUCAUGGUCAUAGAGAUGGUGGACGGGGAGCCGCCCUACUUUAAUGAGCCGCCGCUCAAAGCCAUGAAGAUGAUCCGAGACAAUCUGCCCCCCAAGCUGAAGAACCUGCACAAGGUGUCGCCCUUGCUCAAAGGCUUUCUGGACAGGAUGUUGGUGCGUGACCCGGCCCAGCGCGCCUCGGCCAGCGAGCUCCUCAAACACGCCUUCCUGACCAAGGCGGGACCGCCGUCCUGCAUCGUCCCGCUCAUGAGGCAGAACAGGCUGAAAUGAGGCAGCAACUGAGGUCAGAGGUCACGGACUAUUUCCACUAACUGGACACUACAAGGAGCAAAGUGGGCCUACCUUUUUUCUACUGUGGGGGAGUGUGUUCCCUGGAUACUGAGCAAUAAUUUUGUGUAUGUGUGCGCGCGCGCGUGAGUCUGAGCGUUAAGGAGAAAGAGAGCAUGUGACCUGCCUGACCUGGAACUUUUUUAUGAUUUUUAUUUGGACCUCACUUGAAUUUUUAAGUGUGAAGGAGCCACGUGUUCAUUUUUUUUUAGAGACCAAUUGUCCAAAAGCCCCCCCGAUCUUGACUACUGAGGGACGAUGAUGAGUCCAGGUGAGCCCCUGGUGGAAACAAGCAAAGAUGAAGUCAAAGGUAAACACUGGAGUCUUGUGUGCUUGUGUGAGUAUGACGAUGGAGAGAGAAAUCUAUUAUUAUCACUGUCACGUUUUUACCUUGAUCAUUUACUUUACAACCUGAUGUGAUGAUGAUGAUGAUGAAUUUUGAAGCACUGUCAACACAUUUUUAGAAACUUUUUAGAUCACACACAUUUUCUACAAAAUAGAUGAAUUGUUCAAGAAUCUAUUAAUUUAGGAUGUGACGACAUUAAGCAAACUCACUGUACAGACGGUGCUUUUGUUGUUUUUCGACAAGGAAACUUUAUUUUAUACCAAACAAAACCAGCGUGGGUUGAUUAUGUAGCGACUUGUUUUUGUUUAAAUACACUAGCUGUGCUUUUUACUUUUGUAGCAGGUGUCAACAAGCUGGUACUUCCUAGUUCACUUUAACCAGCAGGGGGCAGCGACUGCCACGACCUGUCUCCUCCUGGCCGUGAGAGAAAAGAUAGUCCUCUGCUGGGCAUGGAUGUGGGUGGGUGAACGUUUGACCUUUACCCUCGCAAACACUAACUGAGAAGAAUGUGUGCUUUGUACUUUGGAGCGGUGAGUCACCCCGUAAGAACACUUUUGUUUGUAGGCUCGUGAGUGAAGCGACAAUCAGCUGCACUUGGAAGAGUGUGUGUUGUGACGAUGAACACUUUCCUUUUUGGCAGUCGUUAGACACUAAAACCAAAUACUCUAAAUUCUCCAAACUAGAAAAAAAAAACACUCUUUAGAGCAAGGACCUCCGUCAAGGGCUAGCCAGUGUUGCCAGAUGGGAAAUGACAAAAAAUAAUCGCAACAAAAACUUUAAAUGAUCGUAGUUUGAGGAAAAAUAUCCCACAUUACAGUAAAACAUUAGCAUAGUUUACAAUGCAGAUUUAACUUUAAAGAGGUCGUACUAUGAUUUUUUUUUUUGUACAUUUAAAACACAUCCUUACAUACAUAUCUUGUAAUAGUUGUUCUUUAUUCAAAAUGUUGCAUAGAUUAUGUUUACAGACCACAUUCCAGCCGCUUUCUGACCGUCUCUUCAUGAUGCACCAUUUUGUGGGCGGUCUUAUUUACGUGCCUCCACUUGGACAACGUCUUCUGCCUGUCAUCCAUGUUGUAGCUUUUAGCGCUUCGAUAUGGAGUCUGCUGACAGAUAUAAAUUGGAACUAUACGCUACUUUUUUUUUUUUAGAAAUGGCAACCGCGGGGGAUGCAUGUGCAUGUACGAGCCAGUCUGCCCCACAACAAUAGGAUAGCGGGAAAAAAACUAAAUCUCUACCACAUAUGGAGCUAUCUGCUGACGUCACAAUUGGGGAAAAACGUCACAAAUUGGGAAAAUUCUAAACAGUUCAUUUGAAGAAAGCAAAAUAGUUUUAUAGAUAUCUCCGCCAUACCUCCAUGGUGCUGAUCCCAAACUAAGAUGUCUCUGGCAGAACAGCGCCCCCACCUGGCUGUUAGACAGUGCACAACAUCAGGCGCAUCUGUUUGCUUACAGUCGUGCAUUGAAAGUGUCAAUUUAUCUGACAUUAUUUUUGUAAUUAUUGAUUGUACAGUCGGCGAAAAUAUGAAUGCAAUAAUUACCAGACAUCUGGCAACGCUGAAGCUAGCCUAAUAGUUGGACCUGUAAUGUGAGUAAUGCUUGAUUCGCUACAAAACUAAGUGAGCAAAAAAUGCAUUCCUCUUUCAGCACCUUUGUCCAGAUCUGCACCACAAUCAAUUUACGUAUUCUUCCCCCUUCAAUUUUGUUUUUGUGUAAUCCCACUAAAUACAUAAACUGCGGGUGUCCAUAUUUUUUCCCAUACAGAAAAUCGAAUGCUGCCGAGGCCAUUUUCAUACCUUUUCUACAUCCAAUCUAUUGUAGGUACAUUUAUGCGAGGCUAUCUGAGCAGAAUAUAGCCUACACAUCGCGGCUUGGUGAAAUAAAGGAUAAAAACACAUUUAAAUGUUUCAAUAUGCUGAGGGCCCCGUAACAAAAAAAGGUGCUGUCUAAAAGUGGCCCUCGGGGUCGCACUUUGGACAACCCUGACAUAAACAAAUGUAAUGAGUGCGUGACUUCCUUGGUCGUGCUAACAAGAAGUCAAGUCACAAGUUGCACCGCUACGACAACUGUCACUACUUGAUCUGUACCGUACCUUGUUUUAAGGCUGUUAUUCUCCUGUGCGCCGUCACUGUUGCCAUGGUUUUCUUUCUAGUAGUCUUUAUCUGAAUAGCAAUGUCCUAUAAAAGACUACAUACAAAACAAACGUUACUUAAGAAUACAGUAUUUAUUUUGAAACAGCACAGAAACACGAAUGAUGUGCUCAGCAGCCUUAAAUGGCAAAUAAAUGGAUUUAAGUUACAGUAGGUAAGUAAUCAACAUUUAAAAAAAUAAACUUGUGGCAAGUACUUGUUCAUGUUUAUAUUAUUGUCCCCUAAGUAAGCUAUUUGUUCUGUGCAAAACAGUAAUAAAACGUUCAAAAUAUCACAGAACAUGACGUCGCAAAAACUUGAGAAAUUGCAAGUCUAGGAAGUGACGUGGUUUUCGCGCACGCGUGUGCUGAUCGUGUAGUGACACUCUUUUCAAGGGACAAGACGACGUCCCACAUCUGUGGAAAUACCCGUAGAGUUUAUUUGAAUUUUUUUGUUUGUUUACCUUCAUCUUUUGCCAACGAGUAACGUGUGGAUUGCUAGUAGGGUUUCAGUGCCUUGCUUCUUGAAAUGAACGGUUCUGCUUCCUGUGUAAAUACUCACCAUGUUGUUUGUGUACACUUUGCUAGCUGACGUCAUCGUCAGCGCCAUCUUGUGUUGUCACUGGGUUUGAUUGUCAAGAAAAUAAAAAAGACUUUGCUUUGGAAA